AUGUCAUCUCCGAAAGCACGCAUCAAUCAGAUAACCAGCCACUUGACCAAUGACAGCCAACCUCGGCUUGACGGACUAGUGUGCAUUAUUACAGGAGCCGGAUCUGAAAUAGGAAUUGGUCGGGCAACUGCAUGGAUUUUUGCGAAACAUGGGCCCAAAGCAAUCUACGUCACGGAUUGCCAAUACGAUCUUCUUCCCUCUCUUGCCAAAGAUAUUCAAGCAAAAUACCCAUCCGUUACGGUAAUCCCUAAAAAAGUAGACGCGACCAGCGAAGCAGAUGUGAGUGGAGUGGUCAAAGAUGCGAUCGAUGCGUUUGGACGGUUGGAUGUUUUCUUUGCCAAUGCUGGAUCGGGCAGCGUGUCUUCAUUUGUUGAUGGUGACGCAUCUGCUUGUAUGAAUAUCAUGAGAGUCAAUUCACUAAGCGUCUUUCUCGCCAUCAAAUUCGCGUCCGGGGCAAUGAAAAUUACUGGCGGCAAAGGUGGCAAAGAGAAAUCUUCCGGAUCUAUAAUUGCCACUGCUUCCGUGGCCGGAAUACGAUCCGGUGCUGGCGGAGCUGGUUAUUCUGCUGCUAAAGCUGCAGCUGUAAAUUUUGUUCAGACUGGUGCGUGUCACUUGGCUGGCACAAAUAUUCGUGUCAAUGCUGUUUGUCCUGGUUUGAUCGAGACAAAUAUGACAAAGAUAGUCUUUGACUCGGCUCGUGCAAGACAAACGGUUGACAGAAUUGGUCAGUUGAAUCCUUUGCAACGCUUUGGCAAUCCCGAGGAGGUUGCAAACGUGGUGGCGUUCCUUGCAAGUAACGAGAGUUCAUACGUGAAUGGUCAAGCAUUGGCGAUUGAUGGCGGAUUAUCAGCCUCCCUGCCGGUUCGUCCGGGAAAAUGGAUAAUGUAA